UAGACACAGUCCAUAGGGAGCGUCAGCAAGCGAAGCUAGUGACAUCUAGUCAUAGAAUAUUAUAUAUAAAAAGAAAGAAAAAAACUGUAAGCUAAGUACUUUUACUUCUUCCAGUCGCGUUGUGUGAAAUCAUUGAGAGAUUAUAUACGCGAGAAUACAUUUUAAGUCAUCAUGCCGAAAAAUAAGGGAAAGGGAGGUAAAAAUAGGAGGAGAGGUAAAAAUGAGAAUGAAACAGAAAAGAGAGAGUUGGUGUUUAAAGAAGAUGGUCAAGAAUAUGCACAAGUAACAAAGAUGCUUGGUAAUGGCAGGCUAGAAGCAAUGUGCUUUGAUGGUGUAAAGAGAUUGUGCCACAUUCGAGGUAAACUUCGUAAAAAGGUUUGGAUUAAUCAAGGUGAUAUCAUUUUAAUUGGUCUUCGAGAUUAUCAAGAUGCAAAAGCAGAUGUUAUUUUAAAAUAUACAUCUGAUGAAGCUCGAAAUUUAAAAACUUAUGGUGAAUUUCCUGAAACUGUACGCAUCAAUGACACUGUUACCUUUGUUGAAGAUGGAUUUGAUGAAGAUAUUGAGUUUGGUGAUGAAAUCAGUGAUGAUGAUGAAGAUGAUGUAGACAAUAUCUGAUGAUCUAUAAUACAGUCAGGUGCAAAUAUAUAGUGUCAGAUGGUAUAGGAGUAUCUAUUUAUUUCAAUAGAUGCAACUAUGGACACUUCACUAAAACAGCAAAUUUUGCUUCUAAUAAGUAGCCAAUUUUUCUUGUAUCUAUGAAUAAAAUAACAUGUUUCCCAUUAAUA